AUGAAUAAACAUUACGUGAAGGAAGCCCACGCACUAGCAAAAGUGGGCGGAAUAAAGAAAAAAGGUCGAAAUGAGAACAAAACAUUACUCACCCUCGAGUAUAAAUACUGGCGCUCCUCCAGGCUGAGGGCAGAGUCGCUGAACUCGACUGAUCGUCCGGUUCUUAUUCGUCUCUCAACUAAAUACUCAAUAAGGAUGUGGCGCUUCACGGCAACGUUGCUGCUGCUGGCUCUGGCUUCGGCUGAACCCCAAGGAUACAAUUACCCGGAACCUGAUAACCAAUAUCUUCCUCCCGCAAAAUGCAAACUUGCCCCUGUCACCUCCGUCGUCUACAACACUCAGCUUCAGACCUCGGUCCGCCUCCAGACCGUCAAUCAAGUCAACACUCAGUACAUAACCACAACCAUUGUCAGGCAACAGGUGGUACCAACCACACUUUUCCAGACUCGUGUUCAGACGCAGGUCCAAUAUCAGACCAGCGUUGUUCAACAAACAACCAUCCGUGCUAUUGAUAGGUUUGUCACCCAGACCGUUCCCAGUCCACCUCUUGUACAAACUCGUUUCGUCACUUCAACCCGUGUGGUGCCACAGGUCAACUACGUCACACGUACACAGGUGCAGACACAGGUGGUUCCUGUCGAGGUGACCACCACUCAGAUCAGGACUGUUUACCAGCCUGUUACCAACUACGAGACACAGGCACGCCAAGAGACCAGUGUCGUUACUAUUCCAGGCCGUGACGUUGUACAAACUCGUGUUCAGACUGUUGUUCAGACCUCCAUUGUCAGGAGCCAACAACCAGCUAUCACCCGUUUUGUAACAUCCACACGUGUCCAACAGGUUGCCCAGACAUCUGUUGUUCGUGGACAGGACGUUUUAAGAACUACCGCUGUUCAGCGUCAACAGAUCAUUCCUUUCACUUCUGUUAACACUCGUUAUGAGAAUGCCGUUACUACUCGUCAACAGGUGGUGACAAGGACCAAUGUAGUUACCCAGACACGCGUCCAAACACAGGUGGUGCCCCAAGAGGUGGUGCGUACUCAGGUAGUUCCCACCACAAUCUACACUACUCUCUUCGAAACAAGGGUUCAGCCCAUCACACAAGUGCAGACCGUUGUCAGGACCCAAUACGUCACACCGGUCCCCGUCGUACAAACUCGUCAGGAAGUCCGAACCUCUGUGCUCCAAGUACCCGGUCAAGACCGCGUCGUUAACCGGGAGCUGGUACAAACUCAACAAAGACAGGAGCUCGUGUACCGCACAGUCAACCAGCCUCGCCAAGUUACCGUCACUCAGACAGUUACUUCCUCUUGUGGAUAUAAUUACAAUGCUCCAGCUGUUCCAUUCAGUUUCUAAGGCAAUCUUUUAUGCAAUGUUAAAUAGAUCACCAUAACACUUAUUACAACUUUACACAAUCCAGAUGUGGGCAAAUUGUGAGGCGUAUUCAGUAUAUUUGCUUAGCGUUCCCAUGUUAACAUCUUAAUACUAUGAACCAGCUUUGUACCUAUACAUAUUGAAAAUACAAUCCAAUAUUCUA